CUGCAGAAAUCGAGAGCGCGCAGAACACGCGCUCUGUGCUCGAUUACUUCCGCCUCCAGAACUGAGGAAAACAAAUCGAGCUGAAUCAUCGGGCGCUUGGAGGAUAGACGGCUGCUUAAUAGGAAAUAUGUUUCGUAACCAGUAUGACAAUGACGUGACCGUCUGGAGUCCUCAGGGGCGCAUUCAUCAGAUUGAGUAUGCGAUGGAGGCCGUCAAACAGGGUUCAGCCACCGUCGGGCUCAAGUCUCACACUCACGCAGUGCUUGUGGCGCUCAAGAGAGCUCAGUCCGAGCUGGCCGCCCAUCAGAAGAAGAUCCUGCAUGUGGACAGUCAUGUGGGCAUUUCCAUCGCAGGACUGACAGCGGACGCCAGGCUCCUCUGUAACUUCAUGCGGCAGGAGUGUCUGGACUCCAGGUUCGUCUUCGAUAGACCUCUUCCAGUGUCCAGACUGGUGACGCUCAUCGGAAGCAAAACGCAGAUUCCCACCCAGCGCUACGGCAGACGGCCGUAUGGAGUCGGGCUGCUCAUCGCAGGAUAUGAUGACAUGGGGCCGCACAUCUUUCAGACCUGCCCCUCAGCCAACUACUUCGACUGUAAGGCCAUGUCGAUCGGCGCGCGCUCGCAGUCGGCCCGCACCUAUCUGGAGAGGCACAUGGAGGUCUUCCUGGACUGUAAUCUGAAUGAUCUGGUGCAGCACGGUCUGCGUGCGCUGCGAGAGACUCUUCCUGCUGAACAGGAUCUGACCACAAAGAAUGUGUCAAUCGGGAUUGUGGGAAAGGACAUGGAGUUCACCAUCUAUGACGAUGACGACGUGUCGCGGUUCCUGGAGGGUCUGGAGGAGCGGCCACAGAGACGGGUGGCCCAGCCGGAGGAUGAAGCGGCUCCAGCUGUGCCCGAUGAGCCCAUGGAGCACUAAACACUUCUGCACUUCUGUCGGAUUCAGCUGAAAAUUAAACAACGCGUAACAUUUAAACUCGUCACACAUUACGCAGUGAAAACUUCAUUUUCUAUCUGUGACUGUUAGAGUAAUAAAACUGUUUUUGUUUCUU